AUGGAACCACUCAUACGCCCAAUCACCCAUCCACACAGUCGUGACCCUAAUGGAAUCUUCCCACUAUGUGAAAGGGAUCUGAACUCCGUCACAGAUGAGGCUCUGGCAGCCCUUCUCACAACUGCUCCUAUUCUUCAUCAGCUAGGUGGGACAACAGUUGUGCGGCUUUCUAAGAAGUUGGUUAUGAAGGGUGGUGGAAGCGUCCUUGCUAGUGAGGCGAAAAUGCUUAGCCUCCUUGCUUCCAAAGCUAGCAUCCGAGUCCCACGAGUCCAUCGAUCAUUUCAGGUGAAAGAUGAUACGCUAUACUUUGGCACAUGCGGGUAUAUUGUGAUGGACUUUAUCCAAGGCCAACCUCUGGAUAAAUGCUGGGCCGGCCUGCCGCUUGGUACCCAAGGGGAAAUCGCCUCGCAGAUUGCUGAAAUGAUCAAAGAGAUGCAGUCCAUUGAGCUUUUACAGCCUGGUCCUAUCGGUGGAGGGCCAUGUCGGGGUCUGUUCUUCACAGAUUAUAGUGCCGGGCCUUUUAUGGACACAGCUGAAAUGGAAGGGUGGUUUAACCACAAACUUGAUAUCUGCAAGAGCGUCCGUAAAGCUCCAAAAGACACACCACCAUUCCACUUUACCAAGUUUGUUAUUACACAUCACGAUAUCAGCCCUCGAAACCUAGUCUUAGAUCAGCAUGGACGAGUGUGGUUGAUUGAUUGGGCAUAUUCCGGUGCAUAUCCUCCUGUCUUCGAAAGCGCGGCGUUGUCAAUUCAAUCGUCUUUCACCGAUUUCAAUGAGAUGGUGCUAUCUCUUAUUCCACGUUAUCCCGAGAAGGAAGUGCAACUUGACUCUAUUGGAUAUGGAUUAACCACUGCCGCAUUGGCAUAA